AUGAUGACGUCCACGAAGCCCCUCAUUUUCUACGAUAUCUCUUCCCCUCUCGCCCCGCGUUCUUAUGCACCCAACCCGAGCAAAGCCCGCAUGGCGCUCGGCUUCAAACGCGCAGCUUUCACAACCACUUGGGUCGAUAUCAUUAACAUCAACUCCGUCCGCCAGGGGCUUAAUUGCCCCGCCACUAGAAAGCUAGAUGAUGGCUCCGAUUACUAUACGCUUCCCAUGCUGCAGGAUCCAGCUUCCGGAAAGGUUGUCGGCGACUCAUUCGACAUCGCUAAUUACCUAGAAGACAAGUUCCCGCCUUCUGACGGGAACAGCGAAAGCUUGUUCCCAUCCACCACCACUGGCACGGGCCUCGAUUAUGAGAGCCCAGCCAAGGACACCGCUUUCUACGCGCCCAUCACGACGAACGAAGGGUCUAAGAACGCCGCAUAUGCAAGAUUCAAUCUACACGUCGAUGCUACCUUCAGCGCCCACAUCAUGCCGUGGGCCGUUUCACUUCCCUUCAACCCUGAUACCGCAGAAGCCACUAAAGCGCUCAUGGCCAAGCGCGCACACCUGAACUCCUGGGACGAUCUGCACGUGGAGGGCGAGGCUAGAAAAUCGCUCAUAGCAAAAUUCAAGGAUGCGACUGGAUCGCUUGCGCAGUACUUCGGAGUGCAUACGGAGGGGCCGUUCCUAGAGGGGAAGCAAGCAAACUACGCAGAUCUGAUCGUUGGCGGAUGGGUGAAUAUGCUUUCUGUGGUUAUGCCCGAGGACGAAUGGAAAGAUUUCAAGACAUGGCAUGGUGGAGUGUUUGGGGCACUGCAUGAAGCUCUGCAGAAGCAGUAUUUUCCGUUUGAUUGA